AUGUAUUCGCAAUCUGCAUUUGCGGGAACCAAAUCAGUAGUUCUUCGCCUGAUGCCAUCGUCGGUCGCGCUUCUUCUACUCGCUGGGACGAUCAGCGGAGAAGAACUCUCCAGCUGCCUCCAGGCGAUCGCCCAACAGUACCUCAGGAGCCGAUGCCUUUCCUUUCAUUUUCCGUUCAACUUCACCGAUCCAAGUCUCAACUACGUACCCUCCUUGGUUCAGUCGCCCCUCCUCAAGAACAUGCAUGAAGACUGGGCGGUUAAUCUUCCAGCGAUCAGCAGCGAAAGCAUAAAAUACCCUUUCAUACCGCCGGGUCCCUCCUGCUAUCUCAAUUGUGCACAAAUAAUAAUUUUGGAGGACGAUGUGCCAUAUGUUGAACAAAUCGAUCAAAUAGUAUACACUUUCUACACCCAAACUUAUCAAGAUGGCGGAGGUAAUAAAAGCAGAAUAGUCGUUACAGUCUCAGCUGAGAGUAACCAAGUCGAAGUCUACCUACUGCUAAAGCACAUGUUCAUAAAGGGUGAUAUAGACGUCAUAUUUGUCGGUAAGAUGGACGGGUUCAUCAAUGUCUUAACAUUAUUCCCGUACGGAAAGGACAAGGAGAGCUGUCCUGAAGACAACACUGAAGUGGAAACACUAGACCGAUGGGUAGACGGUCGUUUCGAAAAACAUACUGAUCUAUUCCCAGAUAAAGUUCCGAGAAAAUUCAACGAUUGUACAAUUAACAUAGGUACAAUGGACGACCCUCCGUAUUUCAUAACUGAUGGACAAGGAAAUGGUGUUGGAGGAAUAGAAUACCAAAUCGCGGAGGUGAUCGGGCGCCACCUGGGACUCAGGAACCGCUACAUGUUCUUCUCCAAGAACGACUCUGUGCUCUGGAGCGAAACGGAAAGACCGCACGGGAUGAGGACGGAACUGCGGAAGGGGCAGGUCUGGAUGAUCAUUUCCGGUCACAGCAACUUCAUCUUCUCCUUCUCCUGCCUGACCGUACCUCACGCGUACCUCAUGAACCGCAUCAGUUGGUUCUUCAGCAAUCCGAACCAGGUACCCAAUUGGAAGUUGAUCAGCUUAGCCUUUGACAGGAAUUCGUGGAUCUUGGUGCUAGUCGCAGCAUUGGCGUUCUCUUUAAUUUUAUUUGCACGAGCAAGAUUCCUAAGAAAGCAGCACCCAUUUCAAAGGCUCUCAACUUCAAUGAUGGUCAUUUUGGGCCUGAUGUUGGCAAACCCUUCAAACAUAAAUCUUAAAGGAAUUUUGUUCAGAAUCGCAUUCGCUACGUGGUUCUUCUACACCAUCCACAUCAAUCUUGCGUACUCCGCCGGUUUAACCAGUCUCCUAAUCACGGGUAAACUUGAACCGAGAGUUACCUCCUUCGAGGGAAUCCUGCAACGUAACAUCAAAACGGCCAUGACAAUGAACGUUGUCUUACAAAUAUCGGGAGUCGAAGAACCUCUGAUAAAACAGGUCCUUUCCAAUCGCAUCCUGGUUGAAGAUGUGAGUGAGGUUUUCUCCCAAUCAGGAACUUUGGCCAUUUUGGAGCGCGAACCCAAUUUCCUCUACAAGAUUAAAAAAUACAACUUAUCCUUCUACAGGUCUGAAUUGAACUUAGGUUUCGUCUAUUUGGGGUUGAAAAUGAGAAAAAAUAAUUUCCUCGUCGACAGGAUCGCUGAGCUCUCUUCCAGAGUCCUCGAGAACGGUUCCGUCAACAAGUUCGUUCAGGAUUAUUGGUCUGUUCCGAACAAUUUUCGGAGAUCUAGGCUGCCGAUAGGAUAUUCACCUGCACGAUUGCGUGAUGAAUUCAUUAAAGAUGUAAUCUUACACGACCAACAACCAGCCGGGAUCUCGGUAGUCACCGCCCGACCGAUGUCAGCGCCGGUCGCUCUCCUCCUCGCGGCGACGAUCCGCGGGGACGAACUCUCCACCUGCCUCCAGGCGAUCGCCAAACAGUACCUCAGCAGCCGAUGCCUUUCCUUCAACUUCCCGCUGAACUUCACCGAGCCUAGUCUCAUCGACGUGCCCUCGCUAGUUAGAUCGCCACUCCUCAAGAGCUUCCAUGAAGACUGGGCAGUCAAUCUUCCAUCCAUGAGCAAGGCCACUCUGAUGUACCCAAUCUUUCCGCCGGGACCCACUUGCUACCUGAAUUGUGCACACAUAAUAAUUUUGGAGGACGACAAGCCAUAUAUUGAACAAAUCGAUCAAAUAAUUUACAACGAGUACAGUCAAUAUUAUGAGGAUGGGGGAGGUGAUAAAACAAGAAUGGUCGUUACAGUCUCUGCUGAGACCAACCAAGUCGACGUCUACCGACUCCUAAAGCACAUGUUCAUAAAGGGAGAUAUAGACGUCAUAUUUGUCGGUAAGAUGGACGGGUUCAUCAAUGUGUUCACAUUAUUUCAAUAUGGCAAGGACAAGAAGAGCUGUCCUGAAGAUAAUACUGAAGUGGAAACACUGGACCGAUGGGUGGAAGGCCGCUUCGAAAGAAGUAUGGAUCUAUUCCCAGACAAAGUUCCAAGAGCAUUCAACAACUGUACUAUUAAUGUAGGUACAAUGCACGACCCACCCCACUUCAUAAUGAACGACAAAGGUAUAAGUGGGAUAGAGUAUCAAAUCGUGGAGAUGAUCGGGCGCCACCUGGGACUCAGGAACCGCUACAAAUUCUUCGAAAGGAACGACUCCGUGAUGCUGACGGACAAGGAAGGCCCGCACGGGAUCAGGACGGAGCUGCGGAAGGGACGGAUCUGGAUAAUGGUCUCCGGCCACAGCAACUACAUCUACACCUUCUUCUGCUACACCGUCCCCCACAGCUACAUCACCAACCAGAUCAGUUGGUUCUUCAGCAAUCCGAACGAGAUACCCAACUGGAAGCUCAUAUUCUUAGCAUUUGACCUGCGGUCGUGGGUCUUAGUACUCGUCACAACGUUGGUGUUCCCCUUGAUCUUAACUGCUCUGGCUAGACUACAAAAGAAGAGGCAUCGUUUUCGAAGACUGUCCACUUCAAUGUUAGCCUCGUUAGGCCUCCUUUUGGCAAACCCCUCCAACAUAAAUCUUAAAGGACCUGUGUUCAGGAUCGCGUUCGCUACGUUCUUCUUCUACACCAUCCACAUAAACCUUGCGUACUCCGCCGGUUUAACGAGUCUCCUAAUCACGGGUAAACUGGAACCGAGAAUUACCUCAUUCGAGCAGAUACUGCAACGUAACAUCAAAACGGUCACGACAAUGAACGUAGUCUUACAAACAUUAGAUGUUGAAGAACCUCUUAUAAAGAAGGUCCUGUCCGAUCCUAUACUGGUUCAAGUUGUGAGUGAUGUUUUUUUUAAUCACAAGAUUGGAAGUUACAGCCUUUUGGAACGCGAACCAACAAUCCUUUACUUAAUAAAAAAAUACAACAUAUCCUUCUACAAGUCAAACCUAAACCUGGGUUUCGUUUACUUAGGUUUGAAAAUGAGGCGAAAUCAUUUUCUCAUCGGCAGGAUUGCUGAAAUGUCUUCCAGAGUCCUUGAGAACGGUUUCGUCAAGAAGUUCGUGCAAGAUUACUGGUCUGUUUUUAAGAGUUCGCGGAGGUCUGAAUCCAAGUCUUUUACUCUGAGAGAUCUUACAGGACCAUUCCUGAAGAGUACCUUGGCACCAUUAGGCCGGGCAGGCCUAGAAGUCUUAGAGAGAGGACCCUACAUUCCUUUUUCCGAGGGUGCCCUGGUGCAGGUUCUGGGUGGUGCAUUUUCAAAGGAGCAGGAAACACGAGGGUUUUCGAAAAAGGUUCUCUACCUUAGUUUGGUACCAGAUCUUCCAAAGGGGCCGAUGGUACUAAAAAGGAACAAGUUAUGGGCGACAGAAGGGCAUGAAGAACUUGAGGACUUAGGGAAGGAAACUCCUAUUGAACCUCCGAGUUCAGUGUACAUAGCCCAGACAGACCUAAGCAGGGAAAAAUAUCCCACUGUACAGGAAUUGAAACAGGGGAUAAAGAAAAGUUUCACGCCUGCUAAAGAAGGAAUCAAAAUUAGAGGACUGGUAGAAACAACAAGGGGUGUAAUAAUUAGGACUCAAACAAAAGAAGAAGCUACGAGGCUCGCUCAGUCGGAGAGAAUAAAAGAACUCGGCGCUAAAGUAAACUUGGAGAAUAAACGGCUUCCAAGAAUAAUUAUAUACGAUGUCCCAAGUGACCUGGAGCAAGAAAAGAUUGUCGAACUGUUCUGGACCAUAAAUGCAAAAAAAUUAGAUCCUAAUAAGCAGCACUUCAGCCUUGUUUUCAAGACAGGUCCAAGAGGAAGAGAUACAGUUCAUUGGGUGGCGGAAGUGUCCCCGGCGGUGAGAAAUGAAAUAUUGGCAGAGGGAAGAGUUUUCCUGGAUUGGUCAUCCUGCAAUGUGAGAGACUGGGUGGCAGUGACACGAUGCAAUAAAUGCCAGGGUUUUUCACAUAUAGAAAAAUUCUGCCCCGCAACUGUCGUAAACUGCGGCUACUGUAGCGAAAGAGGACAUGUUUCAGGAGACUGCCCAAAACAAAAGACCGGCGGACCGCCGAAAUGCAUAAACUGCAACCAUGCUCGGAUUCUCCCUCGAGAGGUGAGAUCGGGUUUCCCACGAGGUUACCAACUGACGGCGGAAACAUCUGGGAUUUCGGAGCAGGCCUUCUUGCAAGCGGAUUCUGUCGGAAUGAAGCAUCGCUGA